AUGCCGCUGCUACGGCGCAGGAUCCGCUGCCACUUCUGCAACCAGCAGUCGCGCCACACUGUGUCACACGUGCCCAGCACGUAUCUGUGCCCGCAAUGCGACGCGGUGAAUCACUUCGACGAGCGUGGGACCAUCACCGACCCGCCCACGGAAGAAAUCGCAACUGCAGCCUCGCCGUCUUGCCACUACGCAAACGCACUUCCGCGUUCCUCCUCCCCCAUCGUGCCCCCCGAACCCCCGUCGCUGUUCUGCAACUCUUGUCAGCGCAACCAGCUCCUCCUCAACAAGACACUCGCCGAAUACCUCCCCGACGAAGACGAUCCCGAAUACGACAAGUACGCGUCCUCGCUAGACGCAUACCGCAACGAGCUCGAGCACCGCUACCCGCAAGUGUGCCAGGACUGUCUCCCUCGAGUCCAGGACCAGAUACGGGCGGCAGGAUAUGCAGCAAAAGCAGACAACCUUCGGCGCAUCAUCGACAGGAGCAGGGAACACAGCAGGACCGUGCAGACGUCGCGGCAGACAUGGACGCUGAGACUCAUCGCGCUGGCGAAAUGGGUAUACUUGUCCAGUGUCGUCGUGGGGCUGUUGUGGCAUGCUAUGGGGCUGACAAUCGCCCCGGCACACAGCACCGACGCGGGCGAGCAGGCCCGUUGGAGCACUUGUCUCGCACAGGCUUUCGCUGCCCGCCGGGCCCAUCAGAGCUGUGUCGUGUCUCCCCUCGCCCGGAAGCUGCUCCAAGGCUCGUUGGUCGCUGAUCUGCUGACCACGUGGUGGAAUCCAAAACUGGCUAGCAAGACGAACAGCAUCACCGGUCGGAUGCGAGGUCUGAAGUCACUGUGGUCCAUCCGCGUCAUCGUGCUCAUGCUGCGGACGGCUAGCUUCGUCUACUGGAACGCCGCUCCGCUGUACUCGUCGAACCUGACAUUGUUCCACAACACAAACAUCGUCCUUCUCAUCGCCAUAUCCCUCUCCUUCGCCCUGACGUGGAGGACGGUCCGCAUAGUCUACACCCCCGUCGCCCUCCCCGAGGAAACCUACCUCCCCAGCGCUCCCAACUCGCCCCAGCGUCCACAGUCUAGCUACAAGCCCGCACACCCACAGACCUCAACCUUCGACACCAUGGCUCAAGGCUUCACCUCGAGCUUCCAGGUCGAUUCAACCUCGGCGCUCCCUCCAUCUCCAACCCUCACCGAGGCUUCGACAACGAGCCACUACACCGAAUUCACCACACCAGCACGCAAAUCCGUCUACCAAGACGACAGCAUGGACUGGACGCCCACGACACGGCGCUUCGCUCCAUCUGCGCCAGAAAUCCUGCCUCCGCAAUUCGGCACACGGAGCCCCGUCCAACCACAGGCCGCCUCACCGAGCCUGCCAAGGCGACAAGAGCCCGUCUCCUUGUUUGCAAAACCCGACCCAAACCCAUUCAGACACAAAGUCCCCGCUGCGCCCAAAGCACCCGCCCAAGCCACUCUCGAUCCGUGGAAGCGCGGCGCCUGGGUUCCGCCGCUGAAGGAAACGACGCCGAAUUUCUUCAAGACGGAACGGCAGACGCGGAGGGGCAGAGGGGCCGGCAAGGGACUAGAGGGCUUCGGGGUGCCGAAGAAUGUCCAAAGGGACGCGGAGCUGUUUGCGAGUCCCAAGUUCAAGUACGAUUACUAUGGGACGAUGAAGGAUACUGGUUUGGAGGAGACGUUUAAUGGACUAUUCUCCAAGUGA